AUGUUCGAUCCAAAACUCCAAUUGACUUGCUCUUCUUGUGGUCUUACUGCACAUCCAAGCUGCUUGACAAAGGACGAUAUUACAGAAGACAUGAUUGAUAUGAUCAAAAGCUAUCCCUGGCAAUGCGCUGAUUGUCGAACCUGUGAAGCUUGCAGAAGUGGACAAUCUGAGGACUUGCUCUUCUUUUGUGACUCGUGUCUGAGAGGAUAUCAUACUUUCUGUGUCUUUCCACCAUUAGAUGAAGUUCCAACGGGCGAUUGGUUUUGCAACACUUGCAAAGGUCAACGUCAGUUGACACUACCCGUCAAACGAGGAAAUCUAGCCGACGAAAGCUCACCUCCAAAACGAAGGAGGAAGGAGAAACCACAUAGCCCUAGACUUCCUAUCGCCCAAUUAGCUCUCAUAGCUAAUACAAUAGCAUCGCCUGCAUCGUCAACAACUCAUAUGUCAACCGCAUCGCCACCACCACAACCACUUACUCCAAAACGACCAGUUAAACCGAUACCUGCUGCUACACCUAAACUGCCAACCAUUAAACUGACUGUCAAAGGGUCGCCGAAAAUAGUUAGUAUUCGUCCACCACCUGGUUUGAACGGCGAGGGUAGCAGUAAAGGUGAUCAACUCGCUGUCAAAGACCAUGAUACCAUCGAGCUGUUUUAUGGUGGGAAAUUGAAUGCUGAAGAGGCUGAUACCAAGAAGGGGUUGCCUGGUAAAAAGGAUCGGAAGAGAUUUGAUGUAGCUCGAGAACACUCCAAGCAAUAUCUUCCACCAUCUGCGCAUGAUCAUCCAGAAAUAGAAGACAUGCAGUCUAAUGAUGGAGAAGAGGGUCCAGCCGUCAAGAUCAAGCAUGUGCAAUUUGGAGAUUUCGAGAUCGACACUUGGUUUGCUUCUCCCUAUCCUGAAGAAUUUCAUUCGCAGCAGAAACUCUUCUUAUGUGAAUAUUGUCUCAAGUAUAUGAAGAGUUCUUAUAUGCUUGGAAGACACAAGCUCAAGUGCCCGCUGACGCAUCCACCUGGUGAUGAAAUCUACAAGGAUGGGAUUGUCUCCAUCUUUGAAGUUGAUGGCCGAAAAAAUAAGAUAUACUGUCAGAAUCUUUGUUUGCUGGUCAAGAUGUUUCUAGAUCACAAGACGCUGUAUUAUGAUGUAGAACCCUUCCUGUUCUACGUCAUGACUGAAAAGGAUGAUACGGGACAUCAUUUCGUUGGAUACUUUUCAAAGGAAAAACGAUCGGCAGCCAAUUAUAAUCUAUCAUGUAUCAUGACAUUGCCAAUUCAUCAGCGGAAGGGGUAUGGAAACUUUCUCAUAGACUUUAGUUAUCUCUUAUCGAAAAAGGAAGGUAAACCAGGAUCUCCAGAAAAGCCUCUGUCAGAUCUUGGUCUGCUAAGUUAUCGCAACUAUUGGAGGACUGUGAUAAUGCAGGAAUUGGCCACUAAUCCAACAACCUUGUCCAUUCAAGAAUUGUGUGAAAGGACAUGCGUCACUAUCGAUGACAUAGUAUCAACUCUGACAAAUAUGGAUAUGAUCAUGAAGAAUGCAUACGGAGACUACGUGAUUCGGUAUAAUUAUGAGCUCAUCACUGCUUUUCUCGAUAACAUGGCCAAGAAGAAUUACACAACUGUAAAACCAGACUUGCUACGAUGGUCACCAUUCCUAUUUAAAGCUGCCAACAAUCCGCCUCCGGAAGAAGUGCAGGAAGAGGAGGAAGAAGGAACGAAUGGAGAAACUGUUGGAGAUGAGGACGACAAGCAACGUAAAGUUGCGGGAGACAAGGAUGACAAGCAGCGUAAGAAGUCAGCUGAAGUCGAAGGGGAGGAGGAGGUAGAAGACGAACAGGAGGACGAGGACGAAGACGAGGAAAACUCAGAGGAGGAGGAGGCUGAUGCAGAGGAGGAGGAGGAAGAAGAAGGUGAUGAAGGAGAAGAUGAUAGCGAAAGUGAUGUCUAUAAGGAGCGUGGACGUGGAAGUAGCUCGUCAUCAUUUUAA